GCAUCUUCUUUGAAGCAUUGAAACGUACAAUUAUUUCAUUCCUUUUGAGCACAUAUUCUUGAAAUACAAGCUUGAAUGAAACACAACACCAAGUCUUUCGGCCAAAGGAACCCUUUGAGAUUGCAUUAAACGUUGUUCAAUCUCAAGAUUAAACAACUGUUAUUCACGAAAUCAUGCCUCCACCACCACCACCACCUCCUCCUCCUCCUCCUCCUGGAGGAUUUGGGGGUCCCCCUCCACCGCCGCCGCCGGGAGGAGCCCCAGGAGCUAUGCCGUCCAGACCACCUGCGAAAGUUGCUGCCAAUAGAGGCGCACUCUUGUCGGAUAUCACGAAGGGAAGAGCACUUAAGAAAGCUGUCACUAACGAUCGAUCGGCACCGAUAGUAGGCAAAGUAUCCAAUGGUUCUGGACCGGCGCCAAUAGGAGGUGCUCCACCAGUACCGGGAAUGGCAAAACCUCCCAGUGGAUUUGGCGCACCGCCAGUACCGGGAGGAAAUAGAGCUCGAAGUGAUAGUAACCAAGGGAGCAAUAAUGCGGUCUCGGGGAUGGAACAAGCUCCACAGCUUGGAGGAAUAUUCGCAGGUGGCAUGCCCAAGUUGAAGAAACGAGGUGGAGGAGUGGAUACUGGCGCAAACCGCGACUCAUCGACUGCAUCAGAACCAGAAUUCUCUGCUCCCAGACCGCCAGGUAUGGCUGCUCCCAGACCUCCAACAAACGCAGCUCCGCCUUUACCAUCAAUCAGGCCUCCUCCUCCUCAGCCCAGCGCUAGUACUCCUGCAUUUGCGCCCUCAGUUGCGAAUCUGAGAAAGACCGGCGGGCCAUCUAUUUCUCGUCCUGCAUCCUCAGCCUCUCUCAAAGGGCCACCACCCCCUAUUGGCAAAAAACCUCCUCCACCCCCUGGGACUCGAAAGCCAUCAUCAGCGCUAUCAGGCCCGCCGCCACCGCCUCCAGCAUUCGCUCCUCCACCUCCUUCUUCAGCACCGCCGCCACCUGUUGCACCUCCGCCACCACCUUCCCCAGCUCCACGUCCUCCCAGUAACCCACCUCGAUCACAUGCACCUCCUCCACCUCCUCCACCACCACCAACAUCUCCACCUUCGACUAACGGAGGUAACCACAGUCUUGCUGCGCAAGCAGCAAUUCGUGCAGCUGGCCAAGCAUCACCAAUGAGUGCACCUCCCCCACCACCGCCGCCUCCUCCAUCUAAUGGGCCUCCCUCUAUAUCGUCACACAGAACACCAUCUCCGCCCGCUCCACCCCCAGCGGCACCAAUAUCAAGAAGUCAAAGUCAACAACAAGGAAGAACUCACACAAUGGAUUCUAGUUCUUACACCCUCUCAUCAAAUGGCAGUUUACCGCAAGCCUCUAGUUCUAGCAGAAGAAUCAUAAUCAAUGAUCCACGAUGGAAAUUCACAGAUGAAUCGGUAUUUCCAAAACCUCGAGAUUUUAUUGGUGGGCCCAAAAAAUACCGGGCUGGUCGUGGAAGUAGUGUUCCGUUGGAUCUGAGUGCUUUCCAUUAAGGAUUUCGCUUAUUAAAAAACAAUAACUCUUCGGAUCGUAUUUAUGUGUUACCAUUAUGAUUUAAGGCGUUAUAGCGGGAUAUCGUUUAGAAUCCGGUAAGGCGGCAUCAAGCUAUCUGAAUUGGGAGUUACACAUCAGGACACUGAAGAUCGUCCAAAAAUUCCCCCUGAAUCGCGAGAUGGAGAUUGACGAGAGACAUCAGCUCACUAGCACAGCUAUAAAUAUCAUGUGUGAUGGGUAAAUCCUACAGUGGAACCUUAAGAAUGAGUACGGAGAAUAUUAAGCUUUUGAGAUUUAUCUUUCUC